GCUGGGACUUAGUUGUGUCUCAUUGUUCCCCCUCUCUCUCUCUCCUCCAUACAAUCCUGCAUUAUUGGAGAGAGCGAGCGGACGCAAAGAGAUUCAAACAUAUACAUAUAUAUAGAGCGAGCAGAGGCGAAGAAUGGCGAUUCAGAGAUUCCCAAUCAGAAGGGCAUUUCCGGCAAGAGAUUUACUCCGUUGGCGUCGUAGCUUCUCUCAGGUAUCCCAGAAACAGUCCGAAAAUGACGCUCCAGUUCCCAAAAUGCCGUCCUUCGACUACUCUCCUCCGCCCUACUCCGGCCCCUCCGCCGCCGACAUCUUGCUCAAACGGAAACAGUUCCUCAGCCCUUCCAUGUUCUUCUUCUACAACAAACCCCUCAACAUGGUGGAUGGGAAGAUGCAGUACUUGUUCGAUGAGAGCGGCCGUAGAUAUCUGGACGCGUUCGGGGGGAUUGCUACUGUGUGUUGUGGACACUGCCACCCCCAUGUGGUCAAGGCAAUUGUCAACCAAACCAACCGCUUACAGCACUCCACCAUUUUGUACCUCAAUCCCGCCAUCACUGAUUUUGCCGAAGCACUGGCCUCCAAGUUGCCCGGUGAUCUAAAGGUGGUGUUUUUUACGAAUAGUGGAACCGAGGCGAAUGAGCUAGCGAUGAUGAUUGCACGAUUGUAUACAGGAUGCCACGACAUCGUAUCACUGAGGAAUGCGUACCAUGGGAAUGCAGCCGGGACCAUGGGGGCCACCGCACAGUCCAACUGGAAAUUUAAUGUUAUACAGAGCGGAGUUCAUCAUGCCGUCAACCCCGACCCUUACAGAGGUGUCUUUGGUUCAGAUGGGGAAAAGUAUGCAAAAGAUGUUGAAGAUCUCAUUGCUUUUGGAACUUCAGGGCACGUUGCUGGUUUCAUUUCCGAAGCCAUACAGGGAGUGGGUGGAAUUAUUGAAUUAGCCCCAGGUUACUUGCCUGCUGUGUACAGCAGUAUCAAGAAAGCAGGAGGUCUUUGUAUUGCUGACGAGGUUCAGUCUGGAUUUGCUCGCACGGGCAGCCAUUUUUGGGGAUUUGAGUGCCAUGGCGUUGUGCCUGACAUCGUGACAAUGGCAAAGGGGAUUGGAAAUGGCAUUCCACUUGGUGCUGUGGUAACGACACCUGAGAUCGCGGAGGUCUUGACUCGUCGCAGUUAUUUCAACACCUUUGGAGGAAACCCCGUAUGCACUGCUGCUGGACAUGCUGUUCUCAGAGUAAUCGAGAGAGAAAAUCUUCAAGAGAAUGCACAUAUUGUUGGGUCCUAUCUCAAAGAACGCCUCACCACUCUCAAGGACAAGCAUGAAAUUAUUGGAGAUGUGAGGGGAAGAGGAAUGAUGCUUGGAGUUGAACUUGUGACUGAUCGUGAGCUGAAAACUCCUGCAAAAGUUGAAACUCUGCAUGUGAUGGACCAGAUGAAAGAUAUGGGAGUGUUGAUCGGCAAAGGUGGAUUUAACGGAAAUGUUUUCAGAAUCACACCUCCCCUCUGCUUCACUAAGGAAGAUGCAGAUUUCCUUGUAGAUGUUAUGGAUUACACAAUGUCAAAGAUGUGAAGGCGCCAUGAACGGUAGGGCAUUUUGUAACUCUCUUGGAUAUGUUAAUUUCACCACAGAUUUGGGUGUAUAAAUAUGCAUAAAAUGUUUCAUGGUUCAUCAAGCUUUGUUGUAUUAAUCUUUUUAUGUGAUGAGUCAACACCUCGUUGUCUCUCUCUCUA